GGGAGCCGUACUUUAACGUGCGCACCGGUUACGAUCAUAACGAGGCAAAACGCAAGCCUAGCAUUUCGGAGCGGAAAGACUGGGUCUAGGACCUUGGACUGAGUUUGGGAGAGGGCCGUGCCAAGGGCCGUAUGCCGGGUGGUCCAGAAAAGGACAUUAUUUGCAAUUGAUAGCCAGGUGUCGUCAUCAUUUAGCUUUCCUGACGAGAGCGCGGAAGUGAACGCAAAAAGAGCGUAAGUCUGUCGUUUUCUAAAGGCGUUCAAGUCUGACUAAUUUCAAGCAAGAAUUUCGGAGGAAGUGAGGUGAAGCCAGCAAUAUGGCACACAAAGGAAACAGGUCUGGGUCAAAAUCAGCUGUAGGCUUGAAAUUCCGGCCUUCUUCUGCUGCCCACUCUCAAACUGGUACUAAGCCUGUGCCAGAUCAAGCAUCACCUCAGCAAAUUUUUAUUCUGGUGAUCAUUCACUUGUGCCGGAAGGUGUUAUUUGUGGAUACAGAAAUGAAGAUUGGGCUUUACCUUUUCCUCCUUUUUGUUGGUUCAACAGUGGGUGAUCUCUUGGUGCUUCCAAAAAGCUACUUUUCCAACAAGCACAACAUGCUGAACCAGUACUUUGUCAAGCUUGGCUGGGGGUGGACCUUUGUAGUGGUGGGCUCAUUCAUGAUGCUGACAGCCAAUGUUUACUGCUGUAGGCAGAGACCCAGGAUGCAGAAGCACAUCACAAGGCUGGUCUGUGCAACCAUUGCUUGGUACGUGUUCACAAGCAUGUUUGUGUACAUUGAAGGCGUAACAGGCAUUUGCCGCACCAAAGCUGGAAAAUACACUUCCAAGGAAGCCUGCCUUGAUGCUGGAUUUAAGUGGUCUGGAUUGGAAAUAUCUGGGCAUGCAUUCAUUCUGAUCUUCAAUAGUCUGUUCAUCAUGGAAGAGGCAAAGGCCAUUUGUGGCUGGGAGGGAAUCAAGGACAUGAUCAGAAAUGAAGACUUUGCGAGGAAGGCGCCAAACAAAGAUGAAGUGGAUGACACACCAUUACAGCAUGUCAUGGAUUCAGAUUAUGAGCAGAUGAAGGUUGAUUAUGUCAAGUUCACUCCCCAUGUCAAGGUUCUGUUUGUCCUGCUCACCAUGCUGUCCAUCCUGUGGGACGUCAUGCUGGUUGGUACCAUCCUGUACUUCCACACAAUGGUGCAGAAGAUGUGUGGAGGCAUAAUUGCCAUCAUGGCAUGGUUCUUUUUGUACAGAUAUUUGUACCCUCAAGGAUUUGCAUGCCUCCCAGGACAAGGGGCCUUCAAGUACCAGAAGGACAAGCCCAAAGUUUAUCGUCCAUUCAGGGCCCCGUCCUUCGUGUUCAAGAGAAGGAACAGUGCCAGUAAACAGCCAUCAACAACCAAGGAUGAGCUGCCCAAGUUUAUGGGAAUGCCACUGUAUGCAUUGAAGAACAAUACUGGUGAAUCCACCAUGCAAGAUUCUGCUGGCAGCAAGUAACGUCAGUGACCUGUCCCAGCGUGUCUGGUGCACUCGCAGAUGGGGAAAGAAGUGACCCACCUCUCUGCUUUACUUUGGUGUGUCCAUAUAUGGUAGACUUUUGUUAUGGCGAUGUUAACUCCAUUGGAUUUGGGUUUUGUCAUGACCCCUUUGCCUGCUUAACUAAAUGUGCCUGAUUUUGGUAGGCUGUUGUUAUGACAAUGUUACCUCCACAGGAACUGAGUUUCAUCAGUAUUUAUAUGUGGAGGUGGCAUGGUAAGGCUCCAGGGUUUUUUAUUGUGUGGUAGCCAAUGUGUGAAUACUCCUUUACCUCUUUAUAUAAGAAGUAUUUGUACUUCAGCUCCCUAGGUGCUGUUGACCCAAUAACAGUUAAUACAUCACAAGGUUUGAUUUCACCAAAUAAAAACCCAUUACAUAUUGUAUG